AUGCUCCGACUUCCCACCUUUGUCCUCCCGGAUUACGCCCAAAAUAACUCCUCCUCCACCCACAAUGGCAUCCACUCCGACUCACAUCAAACCACGGACCGUCGCCACUCCACCCUGUCGGAAAUCCCCGCCCUGCCUGACUGUCCGUUGAUGGAUGACGCCCUCUCUCACCGCGCCAGCAUCAGCACCGAUGACUUUUCCAACUCCAACGACUCGCCUGGUUCUUGGGAUGGCGAAGGCCCCUCGGACUCUUCGUCCAUGGCCGAGUCGCACGUUCGCAUUCACGAUCCCUCCGCCGCUUCUGCCUCGCACCACUUCCCCUCCUCCGGUUCCGUCUCGCACAAACCCACCUUUGGCUUUAACAUCAUCGCCCACGACCCCGACGUCUCCAUGGUCGAGGUCACCCCCAAGGUCGAGGAGUUGGAUGAUGUCGAUGACCUGCAAACCAUCAAACCUGCCGGUGUGGAGGCCAUGACUGAUAACUCCCAUCUUUCUUCCUCCUCCUCGGGUGCUCCCGUCAAUGUUCCACGGAAACGUGGGCGACCGCGCAAACAUCCGUUGCCCGUGCCCGGCAACCAAGUCAAAAUCACAAAGGGCAGAUCCAAGACUGGCUGCAUUACUUGUCGUCGGAGGAAGAAGAAAUGCGACGAAACCAAGCCUGCGUGUUUGAACUGUCAAAAAAAUGCCGUCGUUUGUGAAGGUUAUCCACCCAAGGAAAUUUGGAAGAGUGGUCGACAAAAACUCGAAGAUGCCUUCCGGAGUCAGUCCUUUUUACCUCGCUCCCUCCCCCUGUUAAUCGACGGUGUGGAAUCCGACAUCGAUCGCCGAUUUCUCGAUCAUUUCGUCUACGGUUUCAGUCGUGUCCUCACUCUCAUCAACGAUGACUCCAACCCGUUUAAAGAGAUCCUCCUGCCGAUGGCUACCCAACAUCGCGGUCUGAUGCACUCGCUCAUGUGUCUGUCUGGGUCGCAUCUGUCGGGACUCGACCCUGAGCCCAAGUUGAAGGAACGAAAGUACUAUCACUUUCAUCGUGCGAUCAGAGAUCUCAAGGAUAAUAUCAAUACAUCGUCCAAGACAUCAGAGGAGGAACCCGAACUCUUGGUGGAGGAUCCCAUUAUUGCCUCGACCAUCGCUCUGAGUUUGAAUACCAUCUGUGAAGGAGAGACAAAUGGCGAGUACCGACCGCACAUGGACGCGGCCAGGUACUUGCUGGUAACGCAGCAGCCGCGAAACGAAAAAUUUCGACAGUUCAUCGUCGAGUUCUUCCAGUACCACGACGUCUCGAAUUCCAUCACCUCGCUCGAUCGCCGACCGGCCCUUCUCCACGGCGACCUGCGUCUUCCCGACUUUGUUCCACACGCCCAGGCGGGCAUGUUCCUCGGUGUGUUUGACGGUCUGUUCAACUACAUUUCCGAAGUGACUCGACUGCGCGAUCGCAUCCGGCAACGAUUCAACGAGGGAUACGAGCCUGCGGUGGACUACCAGAUUCUGAGCGAUGCCGUUUCUAUCGACUCGGCCAUUCGGGUCUGGGAAACCUCGCACACUCCUGACACGCCCAACUGGUUCCUGGCCCAGCUGUACCGACAGUCGACCUGGGUCUAUCUCUACCGGACAAUCCGACCGUCGCGACCGAGUGACAAGAUCGCUCAAGUGGUGGACGACGGUCUGGCGUAUCUGGACCAACUACCCCAAGACGCCGGAGCGUACAGUAUUGUGCUGAUGCCGCUGUUCCUGCUGGGCUGCUCGGCGUUUAUCCCUGAGCAGCGAGAGCGGAUCCAAAAAGGGUUCGAAUCGCUCAAGGCGUACUCGAACCUGCGCAACAUCGAGCCGGCGUUCACGGUGGUGCAGCGGGUGUGGGAGGUGAUGGACACCAAGAUCGAGGAGAGUUGGGACUGGGAGAAGAUCAUCAAAGAUAUGAACAUGGAUUUUCUCAUCACCUGA